UAAAAAUACAGUUUUAUGGGUACGUCCAUGUAAUGCACGUGAUGUCAAAAGAUUAUCUAAGGAGAUAAACACGACGAUGACGAUGCUCAGUUUUGUCCGUUUAUGGGUCAUUAAUUAAAGACUAUUCGACAGUUCACCCAUAUUGCCGCUAGAGGGGGUCAGGAUGCGUUUAGCCAAGUGGCGACGGAAACCAGCCCAGAAGAGGCGAGGGGCGAGUCUCGGGUCUUUGCAUUACACAGGGAGGCGUGCGGGAGCAUGCAGCAGCGGCAGGGAGGCGGCACACCAAGACCGCUGCCAUGCGUGCAUGCACGCUACUGUCGCCGCGCAUGAACUGCAGUGGCUUUCGCAACUACUUUGCAAUUACUGAGAGCGAUGAGGAUGGUGAGAUCAGAGCGGAACGACAAGUCAAGCACAGAAAAUGAACCGCGUGCGGCGGGACUCCGCUCUUCUUGAACCCUGAAGAACCUUUAAGUGGUGUGGAGCAACCCCUCUGGCUGAGUAGGAUCCUCCCUUUCUCCACCUUCUCCUCCACCUUCUCCUCCACCUUCAGCUCCACCCAGCACAUGGCCUCCAUGCCGGGCGAACCCACAUCCUCCUUCACCAAGGUGCUGCUCCUGGGGGCCAUCGCCGCCGCCUCCGCCUUCGUGGUGACCGUCCUCGUCCUGCUGCUCUGCAUGGGUUGCCAGAGGAAUAGGAGGAGAAGGAAACUGCAGGCAGAUGGAGAACGAUACAGCCUGGUGAACGCGCAGGGGGCGCUGCGGCAGUCAAAGCUGCGUUCCUUCAGCAAGUCCGACACAAGGCUGCAUGAAAUGAGCCGACUGACCUGCAAUGGUGGCGGCACCACAAAGCACCGGCCAGCGAGCAUGGACCUCCUAUACAUGUCCAGUCGGAGGUCCAACACGGACCUGCGCUUGACCCACCCCCGGCAGCUGCCAAAGGCGCCCUCUGGUGGUGUGGAGGACCACGAGCACACAUACUCGGAGGUGGGCCGGCGUGCCUCGCCUUUCCGCGGCCUUGAUGACGGCCUGUACGAGAGUGUGGGGGGCAUGGCUGGUGAGCCAGAGGGCCAGAGCCCCGCCCACGCGCUGGCCGGAGAUCCCGGCCCCCCUGACAUGGCGGCAGCGCCGCAGGACCCCGUGAUGGCUGAAUACGCCUCCAUCCGGAAGGUUAGGAAGGCGGACAGGAGUCCGCGCAGGGAGGGUGGAGCCCGGUCCCAACAGGCCCCGCCUCCGCCAGACAUGCGCAGCCACGAGGCACCCAGGAAAAACACGGAGCCCUUCCGCAUUCACUCGUUCCGGAAGGAGACGGUGUUCAUGGGAAACGGGGAGGAGUACAUCUGGAAACCCCCGGAAGAAGACGACAUGGCAGUGCCACAGCGCCACCUGGCGGCCAGCACCGUGAGCCCUCCUGCCGAGAGCGACAGGGAGCACUCCCUGGAGAUAUCGGAGAUGUACUCCAAAGUGUGCAAGCCAAACAAGAAGAAGUGGGCGCAAACAUCUCCCCCGGACACGGAGGAGAGCAACGGGCAACGAAACCGACCUUGGUCUUCAGGGGGCGAGGAGGGAGAGAUGGGCCACAGCGCGGCGAAUGGCCAGGAUUGGGUGGGAGGCGGAGGAGGAGGAGGAGGGCAUGAGGAAGGUGGUGGAGAGGAAUGCAACGUGACUGACUCCUGCUAUGAGUCCGUCGGCGAGAAGACCUGGCCCCAGGAUGGGGAGGAGACAGAACCAGCAUACGAAACUAUCGACGGUAACUGGAAAGGAGAGGGGCCGAACGGCGCUGCGGCGAGAUCAAAGAAGAGGUCUCCACGACAGCAGAAGCGGCCGCCCAACCGGGCAGCGCCUGGAGAACACUUCUAUGAGAGCAUCAGCGACGUGAGGGAAGGCCUGAGCACCUCCAGCACCACGACCAUCUUCACGUUUAACGACGGCAUGGAGAUGUACGUCACUGGGCUCUAGCAGCUGACUGCUCCCCCCCCCUUCCUGGAUAAAGUCAGAUCUACUGCCUGGAACUCCUGGUCUCCCACCUUGACUCAGUCAUCCUUAAAGACAUUGGACCGCAGCUCCUGUGCUGUUAUCAUAACUUGUUUCAUCUCACUUAAUUCAUAAUUGAGCGUAAUGGAUUGCAAAAGUUAGCAGAAGGGUGACUGCAGUUCGUUAUCCAGAUGGGCCAAGUUACGACCGAGCGCUUAUCUGAUGUGCAAUGGGGGACAGUGUAUUUCUCUAUUUAUUCUUGCAUAACUGAUGCUGAAGGUUAUGCUCACAUGUGGCCCUCAAUUCAGAAUCUUCCUUUUAUAUGCAGUAUAUGUAAAAAAAAAACAGAUUUGAUUUGCAUCAGCUGUACAGUUGUUGAUGUAGCCGCAGAAUAUCUCAGUGGCUGUUUUCGUGUCGUAACUGCUUCGACCUGAUCCUCAGCCUGGUUUAGAUGCUCCACUUCAGAUGGCUUCCCAUCAUGCUCUUGUUCUUCACAUGCUCAUGGGGGUUUUACUUACACAAAAAUGUUCUGAGGGCAGAAGGAAAAAUUAUUGAUUCAGAGAGAGAACCAAUCAGAUUGAGGAAGUGGGUCCAAGCAACUAGAUCAGGCAGGAUCAAACCAACCAGAGGUUUUGGUCCCGCCUCCUCUAUAAGCUGAUUGGUUACCUCUAUGAACCAAUCAUUUUUUCCUUCUACCCUCAGAACAUUUUUGAGCAAGUAAAACUGCCACGAGUUCUUCACACACCAACUGAAUCCCAGGAAAUCAAUCCCUCUCUGAACGGCCUGCAGAAACGCAGUUGAUCAUUUCACUAAUCUUUCCAUCCUUUUAUGGUUUUUGACUUCAUUCAGAAAGAUCUUCUCUUCAGGGCUGCGCACAUUUUUUCGUGGCAGCAUGGAUCUGCACGAUCCUGGCAGAGUGGGCUUCGCUUUGCUCCAGCUCUCCGCGGCAUGUCGCCUUCGCUUAGGAAGGCUCGUCAGGAUGAAGGAGGAACUCAUUACUGCACCCAGUUAAUGUGUCCUUUCUCAUGCACAUACUUAGCAGUCAGCUUUACGAGCACGAAUGUUCCUCGGGGGUUACGCUUAGGUUGUCCAAAAUGCAGCUAAACGGCUCGAUGACAUAAUUACAACAGCGGCACCGCUCCAUUCCAGCACUCCGGUCCACGGUUUCUGGGUUCUGGUAUCGGUGGAGAGAGGGAUCCAAAGAAAACAGAGUAACGAGCACAAAAUUACCAGCCAGCGUCUUUGGAAACUUGCCUCUCUCGCUCUCUGGUUCAGUCCUCGGUCUUUUGUAAAUAAGCGCUUCCGCGUGCAGCUUGGGAAAUGUGAUUUAUAGCAUUUAGUAUUAUAGGCAUAAUAAAGUCUGAAUCAGAGGACGAAGGGAGAAAAUUGCUCGGGGGAUGGGACACAAUGCUGUAUUAUUAAGAGUAAACGUUAUCCUCGUACUUAAUAUAAAUAAAAUUUAACAUCUGACCAGGACCAGUCAAAGUUUACCAAUAAGCACCCCCCCUCACAGAAUCUGGGUGUGACUUAGAGACUGAAAAUCACUGCUUUGCCUAAUUGUCUUACACUGUAAAUGACUUCUAAUGCGGGGUGUACGCUUAGAGGUGUACACAAAAAAAUCUUAAAACCUGAGAAUAUAUUGUGUUUUUUGCUGCAGUAAUAUUUAUCAUAUAAGGAAACAAAAAGAAAUCAAUGUAAUUUGUAUUUCUGGAUCGGCCUGCUUGGCAACAGGGAAAGAAGGCAGUUCAACAUUGACCUGUUCUGCCCAGAUACAGAACGGCAUUUAUAAGAGCCGGACUGGAUAAACUAAUCGCGGACCAAGCGGCUGUGUUCACUCCCUCCGCGCGUCGCGGCAGGAUAAAUGAGAAGCGGGCCGAACUGGGGAGCGUGAGAACUGGCGCCGCCGACACACAAUUAAGAAGCGUCCUUGGGAGACGCUGUCUGGCGGAGUCAGGCCGUCUCUUCACCGCCCACCUCGGUGCGUUGGUGCCCGAUCGCGGUGCGCCGACCACAAACCCGCACUGUACUGUACGAUUUUGGUGGGGUGGGGGUCCGAAGACCCCUUUCAACUGCAACAGCAAAAACAUAAAAUCAAGUGACAUAAGACUGCCGUGUAGCCGUGCGGGUGAAGCGUUUCAAGGCAACUCAAAGAUUGCUUCACAGUAAGCACUGUUACUAUUUUAAGACCAGCAACAAUGAUUAGCCACAGAAAAAUGAAGGUCGUCAAUUGUCUGAAGUUGAUAACCAGGAAAUGAAAGCACCAUGAUAUUAAAAACUGAUUUGGGGAACUAAAACAAUAUGGUGCUAAUUAUAGACAACAGUGGUCACCAAUUCAUUUAUACCCGCGACUCAUUUUGCUUUACUGUACGUUUAUGUAAGACACUUCAAAAGAGAAGGAUGUCAAAAAUGUUUAACCAGCUAUCAAAUAUUUGGUUGUUUUGGAUAGUCAUUUUGGCUGCCUGGAUUGCAAAUAUGAUAACGUGCAUUUUGAUGGUGAACAAGACCACUUAAGUUUUCCUGUCGUUACGGUAAUAUUCUGUGUACUAAUACAGAUGAAAACCCCGCUGAAUUCGGUGUGGGUCCUACUGUGUUUUGUGUCUGCAAAACGGUAACACGUGUUGUAAAUUAUCCCAAAGCUGUAUAACUAUGUGCCCAUUUAAAAAAAAUAAGAUUGUAACUUUUUAUAUCAGAAUUAUUAUUCAAAAAAUGUUAUCCGAAAUUUUUACUUUUGUAAUAAACCAGCACCUUAAACGUUU